AUGGGUGAUUCUCCCCUAAAUGUGCCCCUGCCAGCUCACACUGGAUACAAAGCACAUGCAUGUCAGGAACACAGAGAGAAUUCAUAUAAAGAUAAGGAAUAUGCAGAAGCCUCCAGGUAUCCCCAGUGCUUUCAGAAGAGGGAAAGGAUUCACACUGGGAAGAAGCACCAUGAAUGUAAGCAACUUGGGCAAGUCUUCAGUCAUCCCAGUUCCCUUCCACUACAUGAAAGAACUCACCCUGGAGAGAAACCCUGCGAAUGUGAGCAAUGUGGGAAAGCCUACCAUAAUUCCAGUGCCUUCAGAAAACAUGAAAGAACUCACACUGAAAGGAAAGCCUGUGUAUGCAAGCAAUGUGGAAAAGCCUUCAGUAAUUCUGGUUACAUUCAAAUGCAGGAGAGAACCCACACUGGAGAGAAACCCUAUGUAUGUAAGCACUGUGGGAGAGCCUUUACGUUUCUCAAUUCCCUUCAGAGACAUGAAAAAACUCACACUAGGGACAAACCCUAUAUAUGUAAGUAUUGUGGAAGGGGAUUCAGUUCUUCCUGUUACAUCAAAAUACACGAAAGAACCCACAGUGGAGAGAAACCUUAUAUAUGUAAACAAUGUGGGAAAGCCUACUGUGAUCCCAGGUCCUUCAGAAAACAUAAAGCGACUCACACUGGAGAGAAACCCUAUGUAUGUAAGCAAUGUGGAAAAGCCUUUAGUUCUUCCAGCCACAUUGAAAAACAUGAAAAAAUUCACUCUGGAGAGAAGGCCUAUGUCUGUAAGCAAUGUGGGAGAGCCUUCACUUUUCCCAGGUCCCUCCAAAGGCAUGAAAGAAUACACAACACAGACAAACCCUGUACAUGUAAGCAGUGUGGGAAAGGCUUUCAUUCUUCAUAUUACUUUAAAAGACAUGAAAGAGCACACAGCAGGGUCAAACACUAUGCAAAAUGA